UGCCUGCCUCGCUCCUCUUUAAUCUGUCUCCAUCUCUCCGCGCAGUUCCAUGUAGACACAUACACACACACACACACAUACACACUCACACACUGCAAUCACGUGGCGCAGAGACACCUCCGCAAUUUGGAUGUGAUGUCCGGGAGCUGGUGGAGAGAAGCGCCGGCUCCGCGCACUUUGCCUCUGCUCCUUGCCCCCCUCUCGGCCCGCCGGGUAUUGAUGGUGGCGGUGGCCGUGUGCGUGUAUGUGUGUGUGUGCCCGCGCGUCCGGGGCGGGGGUUUGCAGUAGGAAUUGCCCCGAGCCGACUGAUGCGCAAAGGAAAAAAUGGAAGUUCUACCCCUGUGCCUCUUAGCCGCCUUGUCUUGGAUUUUUGGCAGCGAUUUAACGCGAGCAGAUUCCAUCAUCCACAUCGGCGCAAUCUUUGAGGAGAGCGCAGCGAAGGACGACGAGGUUUUCCAACUGGCCGUCUCCGACCUCAGCCUCAAUGACGACAUUCUACAGAGCGAGAAAAUAACCUACUCCAUCAAGUUCGUCGAGGCGAACAACCCCUUCCAGACAGUGCAGGAAGCAUGCGACCUGAUGACUCAAGGGAUCCUCGCGCUGGUGUCCUCCACUGGCUGUACCUCUGCCAGCGCCCUCCAGUCACUGACGGACACCAUGCACAUCCCCCACCUCUUUGUCCAGCGCAGCAACGGGGCCACGCCGCGCACCGCCUGCCAGUUCGUCCGCAACCCCGACAUUGAGGGCUACACGCUGCCCGCCAGGCCUCUCAUACGCAUCGGCGACGUCAUGCUCAGGCUGGUCAACGAACUGCGGUGGCAGAAGUUCAUCAUUUUCUACGACAGCAACUAUGAUAUUCGAGGGCUGCAGGGGUUCCUGGACCAAGCUUCUCGCCAAGGGUUGGACGCCUCCCUGCAGAGGAUUGACCAGAACAUCAGUCGGAUCUUUGCCAGCCUCUUCAACACAAUGAAAACCGAGGAACUGAACCGUUACCGGGACACUCUCCGGCGGGCCAUCCUUCUGCUGAGCCCGCGAGGAGCUCAAACAUUCAUCAACGAGGUCGUGGAAACAAACUUAGCCUCAAAGGACAGCCACUGGGUCUUUACCAGUGAGGAAAUCAGUGAUUCGGAGAUUCUGGAGCUUGUUCACAGUGCACUGGGCCGUAUGACGGUGGUGAGACAGAUCUUCCCCAACUCCAAGGACCCGAACCGCAAGUGUAUGAGAAACAACCAUCGCAUUUCCUCGCUGCUGUGCGACCCACAGGAGGGCUACUUGCAAACACUCCAGAUAUCCAACCUGUACCUCUACGAUAGUGUUCUAUUGUUGGCUGGAGCCUUCCACAAAAAAUUAGAGGACCGGAAGUGGCACAGCAUGGCAAGUCUGAACUGCAUGAGGAAGUCCACAAAGUCUUGGAAUGGAGGGAGAUCCAUGCUGGACACCAUUCGAAACGGUCAAAUUACUGGUCUGACUGGGACCCUGGCUUUUGUGAAUGGUGUGUCUAACCCCAACAUUCAUUUUGAAAUCCUUGGCACCAGUUACAGUGAAACAUUUGGCAAAGAUGUUCGACGGCUGGCUGUUUGGGAUCCAGUGACGGGACUGAACGGGAGUCUCCAGGAACGACGCUUAGAAAGUGACAUGCAGGGAGUCGUCCUGAAAGUGGUCACCAUUCUGGAGGAACCCUUUGUCAUGGUCGCUGAAAACAUCUUGGGACAACCAAAACGCUACAAAGGGUUUUCCAUUGAUGUCCUGGAUGCCCUCGCAAAGAAUCUUGGAUUUAAGUAUGAGAUCUAUCAAGCCACGGACCAGAAAUAUGGUAGCCAACUUCCUAAUGGGACCUGGAAUGGAAUGAUCGGUGAACUCAUUAACAAGAAAGCAGACAUAGCAGUCUCAGCAGUAACCAUCACUCCGGAGAGAGAGAGUGUUGUGGACUUCAGCAAGCGCUACAUGGAUUAUUCAAUUGGCAUCCUCGUGAAGAAGCCGGAAGAAAAGAUCAACAUCUUCUCAGUCUUUGCCCCCUUUGACCUCGCAGUGUGGGCCUGCAUUGCCGCUGCUAUCCCGCUGGUGGGGGUCCUGAUCUUUGUGCUCAAUCGGGUGCAGUUGGUCCGAACGCAGACUCCAACGCACUCUCAGAGUCCGGCCUCCACCUUCAGCACUCUGCACACCGCCAUCUGGCUGGUCUACGGAGCAUUUGUUCAGCAAGGUGGAGACUCACCCAUGAACUCGUUUGCCAUGCGGAUUGUGAUGGGCAGCUGGUGGCUCUUCACUCUCAUCGUGUGCUCCUCCUACACUGCCAACCUGGCUGCGUUUCUGACCGUGUCCAGAAUGGAUAACUCCAUCCACUCCUUCCAAGACCUGGCGAAGCAAUCUGAAUUAUCAUACGGCACAGUGAAGGACUCCUCAGUCUACGAGUACUUUCAGGCAAAGGGCACCAACCCAUUGGAGCAGGACAGUACUUACGCUGAACUCUGGAGAACCAUCAGUAAACACAAUGGUGCAGAAAACUGCAUUUCAACUGUGCAUGAGGGCAUCGCAAAGAUAAAGACGGGGACAUAUGCGUUCCUGUGGGAUAUGGCCGUGGUGGAAUACACUGCACUGACUGAUGAUGACUGUUCUCUGACUGUGGUGGGGAACAGUGUCAGUAGCAAAGGGUAUGGGAUUGCACUGCAACAUGGAAGUCCCUACAGGGACCUCUUCUCCCAGAGGAUUCUGGAGUUGCAGGACACUGGGGAUCUGGACGUCUUCAAGCAGAAAUGGUGGCCAAAGAUGGGUCGGUGUAAUCUGAAGUCUCUCUCCGGUGGCCAUCCAGAUGGACAGGCACUCAAACUGCAGAGCUUUGCUGGUGUCUUCUGCAUCUUGGCAGCAGGACUUCUUCUCGCCUGCCUUGUGGCAGCUUUGGAAAUCUGGUGGACCAGCAAUCGAUGCCAUCAGCAAAGUCCCAAGGAGGAUAAGGAGGUGAACCUGGAGCAGGUGCACCACCGCAUGGACAGCCUGAUGGACGACGACAUGGCCCACAAGCAGAUCUCGGCCGCCUCCAUCGACAUCUCUGCUCUGGAUAUCGGCAGCAGGCAGGCAGGCCAGGGCAUGGAGCCCGUGCGGGAUUACCAGAACACCCACAUUUCAGUCAGCACUUUUUUACCAGAACAGUCUCAUGGUACAAGCAGGAAGCUCUCCUCCCUGGCCAGCACCAACCUGUCUCUGCCUCUCAGCAGUUCAGCCACACUGCCGUCCAUACAGUGCAAGCAUCGAUCACCAAACGGAGGACUCUUUCGCCAAAGCCCAGUCAAGGCACCGAUGCCCAUGUCAUUCCAGUCUGUGUCAGGUCCUGGGGGGCUCCCAGACGCGAUGGAGCCUUCCCACGGGACCUCCAUAUAACUUCAAAACGCCGCAUGGCAACAUUUUUAAUAUAAAAAAUUUACAAAAAAAAAUCUAGCAUUUUCAUGUAAAUACUUGUAAAUAAUUCAAGAAUGAAGUGGGGUAAAGUGUAUUUUGAAUAUUCUCAAUUUUUGAAGUCAGUAGAUCAUGUAUGAAUGGCUUUGUAAAUUUUGUUCUAUACAAAUAAAAAGCAGAAUUACUUGUGACGGUUA